AUGAAUCACCCCUUUACUCCACCUCACCCCCACGACCCCACGACCCCUUUACUCCACCUCACCCCCACGACCCACGACCCCUUUACUCCACCCCACCCCCACGACCCCACGACCCCUUUACUCCACCUCACCCCCACGACCCCACGACCCCUUUACUCCACCUCACCCCCACGACCCCACGACCCCUUUACUCCACCUCACCCCCACGACCCCACGACCCCUUUACUCCACCUCACCCCCACGACCCCACGACCCCUUUACUCCACCUCACCCCCACGACCCCACGACCCCUUUACUCCACCUCACCCCCACGACCCCACGACCCCUUUACUCCACCUCACCCCCACGACCCCACGACCCCUUUACUCCACCUCACCCCCACGACCCACGACCCCUUUACUCCACCUCACCCCCACGACCCCACGACCCCUUUACUCCACCUCACCCCCACGACCCCACGACCCCUUUACUCCACCUCACCCCACGACCCCACGACCCCUUUACUCCACCUCACCCCCACGACCCCACGACCCCUUUACUCCACCUCACCCCCCACGACCCCUUUACUCCAUCUCACCCCCUACGACCCCACGACCCCUUUACUCCCAUCUCACCCUUUACUCACCCCACGACCCCACCCCCCAUACACGAUAA